UUCAAUUUGAUUAAAACGAAAGUAAAACCUCUUAUUUUACUCGGAAACAAGGGGAAGGGCAAACAAACAGCUUGAGAAAUUGGUUGUAUGUAAAACUUUCUAACUAACAUGGCUGAGGCGUUAAACAGAACGGAGCGAGAUUUUCUAUUGAAUUGUGGGAUAUGCGGAGGAAGGUUGACGGAUCCGCGUAUUUUAGACUGCCUGCACUCUUUCUGUAAAGAAUGUCUUGUUAUUAAACAGGAACAAGCUACAAAGAAAGACGUCGUUAUUUGCGAACUUUGCGGAACUCGCACACGUUUGUCCAAUGAUUCUAUUGACUCCCUGACGACCAACAUCUUUGUAAUGAACAUAGGAAGAGUGGAGGAGAUCACCAACUCCAACUGCAGUUUUUUUUGUACUUUCUGUGAAGACCAGGGUCACUGGGAGAAGGCGUCAUCUCGGUGUUUGACCUGCGGUGAUUGGCUGUGUCUGGCGUGUGCCGGGCGUCACUGCGGCACCACCGUCACCAAGCGUCACAAGGUGGUGACGCUUGACGAUGUAAGAGUAGACCCCCAACACAGGCCAGAGCUCCGAAAACUAUAUGAGUCAAAAUGCAUUUCUCACGAUGAAAAAUUACGGAAAUUUUGUUCAAAGUGCGAAACACCUGUAUGUUCUGAAUGCGAACAUUCCGACCACAAAAAACAUACAUUUAUACCUCUGGAAGAUGUUGUUGAAGAGGUACAGAACAAUUUGUCUAAUGCACUUGAAAUGUACGAAGUUAUAGAAGAAUGUGAUAUCGAACCCGAUAUGCAGAUGGCUAAGAGAUUUCAGGAGGUGACAAACAAAGAGAAAACUCUUCUGCAGAUUGUCCACAGUGCUCGUGAACGUCUGAUUCAAGAAAUACAACAGCAAGCAACUGCUGCAGAAUUAGCCAUAUCUCAGCCAUUUGAGGCUGUGAAAAUGCUCUUAUCAGAAUCGAUGGAAUUAGAAAAGAAACGUUCCGAAAGCACACAGAAAUCGCGACUGUUCUGUGAAAAGCUUCAACAAGAGGGCCUAAAAGGAGAGAGCGUCCAUUUUAGAGAUUUGCUUCAGAGAGUAAAAAAGGGCGACCGUAAAAGAGCGCAACUUGAAUUUCCGCCUGAAAUAAACGUUAACGUUAAUGAGUUGUCUUUCCCCAAAAUUUUCAGUGUGUCGGUGUCUGAACCUGUUAGUCCAGUGGAGAUUCCCAGAGUUAGGAGUCCUGUUUAAUAAUAACACAAACUUUUGUCUUUUCUACAUUCUUAUUUAACAACAACCCAUCACCUGAAAGCUAGGUUUUAGUUCCAACGUGAGUUCAUAAUUAAUUCUUUUACAUGUGAUAAAAUUGGCGAAAGUUGGGACAAACUACUCAUGUAGGGGAUGUGGCCCAGUAACAAUGAGAGACAUUUUUUUUUAUUUAAUGGUCUUACCAUCAAACAUUAACAAUUAUGCAUGUAAUCAAUACGGUUUUCCAACGUUUUUUUUAACUUAAUAUUUAUUGCUUAUCGUUUAAAUUAGAAAAAGCAAGGAUUGUUUAGUUAAUUAUCAUUUAAAUAUUCCUUUACUCUGACAUUUUUGACAAUGUUCUUGAGUCAUGGCUCGAUAUUAAAGACUGGCUAUUAUUGUAAAUGGCUAUUUUCAUGAAAUAGUAAUGUAAAAUGCUAUUGUGUCUGUUUUACAAGAAAAAAUUAACAAGAAAUAAAAUAUCUUGAUAUACUGAA